AAUACCUGCCUUACCAGUUACUGGGCACCUGACCUGGGCAGUUACCAUAUGUGAUUGUACCUUGUAGCUACAACGUAUCCUAUGUAGCUGAGAUACCUAGGUACCAGAGAAAAGGACCGAUCAAUCAAACAUCACCGGAUCAACCGAACAUCUCCAAAUCGGACAGGUCUUUCAAUAUCCUUAAACAAAACAGGGACUAGAAAGGCUGAAUUGUAUACUUAUCAGCAUAUUCUCUCCCUUAGGCAUCAACGACAAUUAGGUUGUCACGAUGUUUCGACGAAAAUGGUCGGGUCUGCCAGCAGAUCCUGACUUUCCUGUUGACCUAGAGAAGCUUGGUUACUUUAUCAACGAAGAUGACGAAGUCCGUGCCAUCGAUAACCCGGAUAACUACUUCCACUUCUUCCUCAACCGCAGCCCUCGCUAUAACGAGCGCCAGCGCUAUGCCUUUUCUCAGGCUCUACAAUAUGUGAUCUGGGAGCGUCUAGAGAAAUUAGGUCUAGAGAAGGUGCUAUUACCCUUGGGAACUUCCGAUGCAAACAAGCCACAUGUCCCCAUCUUCGCCAGUAACGACAUCCUUACAAAGUCGCGUGUUGUUGUUAUCUUUGGCGAGACCACACAGGACCUAGGUGUGCUUGCGCAUCGCGUUAUCGGCGGCCAGGGUGGUGUCACUAAGGGUUCUAUGGUAUCUAUUGUCUCUGCCCUCCAGAAGCAAUCGUGCUCGACCACUCAACAAACCCCUCCGGGAAUCAUUCUUGCCAAUAUGGGUGAGUUAAUUUGGUGGCCAGAGGGAAAGCGUACUCUCAGCCGCACUGCCUUUGCAGCUGCACCUAUGCAAAGUGCCGUGCACUAUAACAACGUAAUCGAAAAGGAAAACAUGGUUGAAAAGAAUUCAACCGAGAGGAUACACGUUGGUCACAUCUUCCAGGAGGUGAUCCCACAUUUCCUCAAGGACGAUGCCAAAAUAGACAUCAUAGUGGUGGGUGACAGCACCGACUUUGUCCAAGAGUUCCUGGACUUACCCCCAAUGUGGGAUAUCUGGAAGAAACGCAUCAACUGCCUUGCAAUUGCUGGUGGUUUAUGUCCAGUUUUCUACUUGAAGAACGACGAAUUUGUCGAGUUCUUGAAAAAGAAAGCCCGAGCGUAUGCACUCUCCGUUGAGCCAACUGGUAUGGUCAUUUCAGGUCCUGAAGGUAAUCCGAGAACCUCGACUUUCACGCAGAUGGGCUGUCCCAUCUUCAGUAGUGGAGAGCCGAAUUACACUGAGAAAGUACUUAUUACCGGUUCCGAGAUUAUCCUUGGCUGGCUUGAGGAAGUGGCCAUGACAAGUGAGGGCAAAGAUUACACCAACCCUCACUUUCACGUUGAGUUUGCCGAUCCCGUUUUUGAUAACGACGAACCCGAUUGGAGCCAAUGGAAGAACGAUGAACAUGCUAGUCAGAAGGAUGGGAACGUCGAGGCGCAGGCCAAACAGGACCAUGAGGGAACGGGUAACCCAGAGGUUAAUGAACCCAAACUUGUUCUACUCCAACAUACAGGCCAGCAUACAGACGAUACCGAGCAGAGCAAAAAGGAGAACGUAAAGAUUGGACAGAAUAAGAAUAAGAAUUAGUCGGCAUCAUUGCUUCUUUCUAGCAUCGACGACUAACGAGGUUCUCAACGACGGGAUGAAUGAAUGAGUGAACGAAUAUAUUCUUCAAGGGUUGGUACAUGAAUUGUGGCUGUAUUCUACUAGGUGAAUAUCCCUCUCCUUAGGUAUAUGAUCAUAGGUACCUUAGGUAGGUACCUAAGAUAUUAAGUUAAAGGGAUAUGGUAAUUGACAUAUCACCAGUCUCUUCUGUUCCGCCAAAGGUGGAAUCGGAAGCACAA